GUCUUGUUCAGCGCUGUGUCAUUAUCCAGAAGGACCAGCAUGGCUUCGGCUUCACGGUCAGUGGGGACCGUAUCGUUCUGGUGCAGUCUGUGCGGCCUGGUCUCAACGUGGACUCCGGACAUUCAGUCCGCCCUGUUGCAGGCAGACGAGCCGCCGUCCGGGCUUGGCCGGGCCAUUUCCAGAGCACAGGCGGAGCAGAGGCGGCCUCACCCCGAAGGGCCCGCGAUGUUGGGAACGGUCAACGAGCGUGGGCUCCACUUAGAGUCUCGGCGGCCUCAGCCCCUGACGAGAGAGGCGGCCUGUUCUCUGCAGCCUGGAAGCCGGACACCGACCCCUCCUCUCCAGCCACGAGGGCCCCGGAGGCAUCGUCUUCCCGGGGAAGGCGGUCUCGUCCACGUGGCCAGUGGGUCGGUCGCGUAGCCACCUCCAGGAAGUCUCCGAGCUCCACCUUCGGGGGACCCUGCUGCUUCCCCGGCCGCUUCUGGGUUACAGAGACGGCUUCUCUGCCGACACCCCACGAAGCAGCCCCUGCCGGCCCGGGCUGCGUUCCCGCAGCCCCGACCCGGGCUCGGCCUUCCCGCUGGGGCCUUGCUCCGGACUCGACUUCGGCAGAAGGGGGUGCGUGGCUGCCCGAAUGCUCGGUCCGCACCGCCGCGACCCCGUCCGCGGCAGCAGCAGGCCGGCUCGCUUCUCCUCGGCCUGUGUGCGCACUGGACUCGCACUUGCAGUUUCCCCCGACGACGUCUCCUGUGCGCUCACAGCGCGGCUGACCGUUGGCGCGAGAGGCGCGGGCUUUCGGGCUGUCGGCUCUGGACGCGCCUUCCUCGCUCAGCCUCACCCCUGCUCGCCUCUCACUGCCAGCCCCGCACGUGCGACUCUCGCCUUCACCCGACGCUUCGAGGCCGUCGUAGGGUCAUUAACUGGCCUCGUGUCCGCACCGCCGUGGCUCAGGGACGAGGGAGGCCCGCGGGGAGGGAGAGAGCCGUGGGCACACACGCGCCGGCUAAGUCGGCCGUCGCGUGUGGGUGCAGCCUGCGGGGCCCCCACACAGUGACGCUGGCGCAUCAGCGAUCGCUUGGCACCCAUCACCACAAACGUCGAAUAAUGGAGAAGUUUUAGAUGCUGUGAGAAUCACCAGACUGUGAGCGAGACGGGAAGAGAGCACCUGCUGUCGGGGCACCGGGCCAACGCGGGGUUGCCCCGAACCUCCCGUUUGUAAAAACCCGGCGGCGGCGAAGCACCCCACGGCCGGGCGCGGCAAAACGAGGAAGGAGGUCGGGAGCAGGCCAGCAUUCCACACUCAGUACAUUGCAAAAUGGGAAGAAAAAUACUGUUAGUUUUGGGAAAUAGUUGGGAUUUGUUCAUGGGGAAGGUGAAAGGAGACUUUCAAAUUUAUGACCCAAACGAGGUAUGUGGGUCGCAGGAGGAUGUAAAUAGUCUCAGCUUGUGUGUUUGUGAGUUCCCUUGGGUCUGUGGCAGGCUUGUCUUCCUGUCUGAGGAUGGAGCUCCGAAGAGAUGCUUCUGUUCUCUGCUUCCCUCGUUCUCCCUGUUCCUGGACUGGAGAGAUGGCGGCUUGGUGGAUGGACUGGGUGGCCAGAGGCUUGAGCACAGUCAGACCCGGACACAAAAUGGCAGAAAGGUGGCUUGCCAGGGAAACCGGAGUUUUGGAAAGUGUGUGUCUGUCUGUCUGUCUGUGUGUGUCUGUGUGUGCACAUGCAUGCGCGUGUGUUUGGGCGAGAAGACACGGAGAGACGACAUCUGCAUCAGCAUUGACCUCACAGGAGUAACGAAGUGGUUGUUACUGUCUCUCCCUGACGAGGGGCAGCCAUGAGAGCUGGCGUCAGAGAGGGCGACAGGAUCAUCAAAGUGAACGGCACCAUGGUGACCAACAGCUCACACCUGGAGGUGGUGAAGCUUAUCAAAUCCGGCACCUACGUCGCACUGACCCUCCUGGGCUCUUCCCCCUCAUCCGUUGGUGUCUCUGGGCUGCAGCAGGACCCUGCCCCCGCUGGAGCACCCCGAGUCGCCCCUGUGGUCCCCCCGCCGCCUCCACCACCACCUCUGCCCCCUCCACAGCGCAUCACAGGGCCCAAACCGCUGCAGGAUCCUGAAUUCCAAAAACAUGCCACCCAGAUCCUUCGCAAUAUGCUGAGGCAAGAGGAAAAGGAGUUACAGCGUAUCUGUGAGGUGUACAGCCGGAACCCCGCCAGCCCGCUGGAAGAGCAGAUCGAAGGUGCCCGGAGGCGCGUCACUCAGCUACAGCUGAAGAUCCAGCAGGAGACAGGGGGCUUCGUGGACGUACCCCCCCUACAUGGCGACACCAGCCAGAGAGCAUCAGAAGGCCAACUGUCUCUGGAUUCCCAGGAGGGGGACAGCGGCUGGGACUCUGGGACAGAGCGCUUCCCCUCCCUCAGUGAGGCGCUGAUGAAUCGGAACUCGGCACUGUCGGACCCUGGGCCGGACAGUCCCCGAACCUCGCCUGUGAUCAUGGCAAGGCUGGCCCAGCACCACCCGCGGCAGGGCUCGGACGCAGCAGGGCCCAGCGCCAGCGACCAGGGCGCAGACCAAAGCCCGAAGCCUUUAAUUAUUGGCCCAGAGGAAGAUUAUGACCCGGGUUAUUUCAACAACGAGAGCGACAUCAUCUUCCAGGACCUCGAGAAGCUGAAGGCACGGCCAGCUCACUUGGGCGUUUUCCUGCGCUACAUCUUCUCUCAGGCCGACCCCAGCCCGCUGCUUUUUUACCUGUGCACAGAAGUUUAUCAGCAGACAAACCCCAAGGAUUCCCGUGGCUUAGGAAAAGACAUCUGGAAUAUUUUCCUAGAGAAAAAUGCGCCGCUGAGAGUGAAGCUCCCAGAGGUGUUACAGGCUGAAAUUGACUUGCGUCUGCGCAGCUGUGAGGACGUCCGUGCCGUGCUCCGUGACGCUCAGGAGGCGGCCAUGCCCGAGAUCCAGGAGCAGAUCCAGGACUACAGAACAAAGCGCACCCUGGGGCUUGGCAGUCUGUAUGGAGAGAAUGACCUGCUGGACCUGGACGGGGACCCUGUCCGAGAACGCCAAGUGGCCGAGAAGCAGCUGGCCGCCCUGGCAGACAUUCUGUCCAAGUACGAGGAGGACAGGAGCACCCCCAUGGACUUCGUCCUCAAUACCUACAUGAGCCACGCCGGGCUCCGUCUCCGAGAGGCUCGGCCUUCCAGCGCGGCUGAAAAGGCCCAAGCAGCUACUGACAAGGACAAGUGGCUGCCCUUCUUCCCGAAGACCAAGAAGCAGAGUGGCAAUUCCAAAAAAGACAAGGACGCCUUGGAGGACAAGAGGCGAAACCCUAUCCUCAAGUACAUCGGGAAGCCCAAAAGCUCUUCGCAGAGCACAUUUCAUAUUCCCUUGUCCCCUGUGGAAGUCAAACCAGGCAACGUGAGGAACAUCAUUCAGCACUUUGAGAACAACCAGCCGUAUGAUGCCCCAGAGCCUGGGACGCAGCGGCUGUCCACUGGAAGCUUCCCUGAGGACCUGCUGGAGAGCGACAGCUCCCGCUCAGAGAUCCGCCUGGGCCGCUCUGAGAGCCUGAAGGGCCGGGAAGAGAUGAAGCGGUCCCGGAAGGCAGAGAACGUGCCCCGCUCUCGCAGUGAUGUGGACAUGGAUGCGGCCGCGGAGGCCGCCCGCCUCCACCAGUCAGCCUCAUCCUCUGCCUCCAGUCUCUCCACCAGGUCUCUGGAGAACCCAACCCCUCCUUUCACCCCCAAAAUGGGCCGCAGGAGCAUUGAGUCCCCCAGCCUGAGCUUCUGCACAGACGCCCUCCUCCCCCACCUCCUAGAGGAUGACCUGGGCCAGCUGUCGGACCUGGAGCCAGAGCUGGACGCCCAGAACUGGCAGCACACGGUGGGCAAGGACGUGGUGGCCGGGCUAAGCCAGAGGGAGAUUGACCGGCAGGAAGUCAUUAACGAGCUGUUCGUGACGGAAGCCUCCCACCUGCGCACGCUCCGGGUCCUCGACCUGAUCUUCUACCAGCGGAUGAAGAAGGAGAACCUGAUGCCCCGGGAUGAGCUGGCCCGGCUCUUCCCCAACCUGCCCGAGCUCAUUGAGAUCCACAAUUCCUGGUGCGAGGCCAUGAGAAAGCUCCGGGAGGAGGGCCCCAUUAUCAAAGACAUCGGUGAUCUCAUGCUGGCUCGGUUCGACGGCCCCGCCCGGGAGGAGCUCCAGCAGGUGGCUGCCCAGUUCUGCUCCUACCAGUCCAUCGCCCUGGGGCUCAUCAAGACCAAGCAGCGCAAGGAGAGCCGCUUCCAGCUCUUCAUGCAGGAGGCCGAGAGCCACCCUCAGUGCCGGCGGCUGCAACUCAGAGACCUAAUCAUCUCGGAGAUACAGCGGCUCACCAAGUACCCCCUGCUGCUGGAGAGCGUCCUCAAGCACACGGACGGUGGCACCUCUGAGCACGAGAAGCUCUGCCGGGCGCGGGACCAGUGCCGGGAAAUCCUCAAGUAUGUGAACGAAGCAGUGAAGCAGACGGAGAACCAACACCGACUGGAGAGCUACCAGAAACGCCUGGACACCACGUCCCUGGAGAGGGCCAGCAACCCCCUGGCGGCAGAGUUCAAGAGCCUGGACCUUACAGCCAGAAGCAUGGUCCACGAGGGGCCCCUGACCUGGAGGAUCAGCAAGGAUAAGAGCUUGGACCUCCACGUGCUGCUGCUGGAGGACCUCCUGGUGCUGCUGCAGAAGCAGGACGAGAAGCUGCUACUCAAAUGCCACAGCAAAACGGCCGCGGGCUCCUCGGACAGCAAGCAGACCUUCAGCCCCGUGCUCAAGCUCAACGCCGUGCUCAUCCGCUCCGUGGCCACAGACAAGCGGGCCUUCUUCAUCAUCUGCACCUCGAAGCUGGGCCCCCCCCAGAUCUACGAGCUGGUGGCACUGACGUCGUCAGACAAGAACACAUGGAUGGAGCUCUUGGAGGAGGCCGUGCGGAACGCCACCCGGCACCCGGCAGCUGCCCCCACGCUCGCCCAUCCCCCACCCCCGGGUGCCCAGGAGCCCACACACCAGAGCCCCACACCCAGCAGGGUCCGGCUGGAUGGCUCAGAAGUAUUCCACAGUGAACCAGAGCCCGGGGAGCUGCCCGGAGCGGGCACUGGGCCCCAGCCGAGGGCCAAGGGGAAGCACCCGGCCCUGCUGGAGGAUCCCGAGCAGGAGGGCAGCCUAGAGGAGGAGCUGGGUGCCCUGCCUCACCCCUCUGCAGCCCUGGGUGGAGAGAGCAGGGGCGGCCGGACAAGAGACCCCAUCCUCCUGCCCCUCGCAGUCCCUCUGUUCCUGGACGGGCUCGCCGACUCAGCCCUGGAAGACGUGGAGAGCCUGCGGCACCUGAUCCUGUGCAGCCUGCUGCCGGGUCACCGCCCAGAAGCACAGCCCGCCGGGGAGCCCGAGGACGACCUCACCCCUACACCGUCUCUCGUGAGCAGCACCUGUCACCCCGCGGGCCCCGGCUCCCCGCGGCACGCCCCCCCUGGGGGUGAAGGACCAGAGCAGGAGGACGCGGCUCUGUGCCCUCUGGAGCGGCUGCCCCCCCGGGCCAGGAAUUCUGGGGUCUGGGAGUCUCCCGAGCUGGACAGGAACCCAGAGGAAGAGGCCUCAAGCACCGAGGCAGCAGGGAGUUACAAAGUCGUGAGAAAAGCUGAGGUGGUGGGCAGCAAGGCUGUGCCCCCAGAGAGCGGCCAGUCAGGGCCUGAGCCACCCGAAGUGGAAGGCGGAGCAGAGGCGGCUGGGAACUGCUUCUAUGUCAGCAUGCCGGCAGGACCUCCGGACUCCAGCACCGAGCCCUCCCAGCCCGACGGCCUCCCUCCCUGGCAGCUGCGGGGAGGCAGUGGAGGUCGCCGGCGCCCCAGCCGCUCCCCACCCAGCCUGGCCCUCAGGGACGUGGGCAGCAUCUUCCGCACCAUCGAGCAGCUCACCGUCAAACUCAACAGGCUCAAGCCGCCCUGGAGCGCAGAGCCACCCCUGGGCCCAGCGAGGGAGCGGCAGCCUGGCCCCUCCCCCAGGGCCCUGCCACACAGGGCCAAGGUCAGCCGUUCCCCUGCUGCUCUCCCAGGACAUGGAGCUGGCCCACCGAGAGCUGCUCAGGUCCCUCGCGGGAGAGUCAUCAGGCGGCACCACGCCUGUGGGCAGUUUCCCCACAGAGGCGGCUGGAUGGACAGACAGCUCCUUGUCACCUCCCGCCAGGGAAGCCCUGGCCUCUGACUUCAGGGACAGCCGCCAGCCAGGGCCGUGCUUGGAGGACGGCUCCGACACCCCCCUGGAAGACAGCACGGUGCAUGCAGCCUCGCCCCCAGGACUGUGACUGUCCCUCCUCCUCCUCUGGGGACUGGCCCGAGGCGGGGGCACGGGGCGUGGGAGUCCAGACCUCCUCCCUGUGGGCUGGCCGAGACCCCGGGGGCGCCCCGCGUGUCGCUUGGUCUGCUCAGGUCAAGUUUCAGUGUCUUCCCCUCUCUGCAGCCCCCCAGGCCUCUCCUGAGCAUUCCGGCUGCAUCUGAAAGGCCCCCCAGACACACAGGGGAAAGGAGGAGUCUCUGUGUAAAUGCACUUUCUUCCUCCCUCCCUUUCUCCACAGGACCCCAGGGCUGAGGUGUGGGGUACCUCCGCCCCUGCCUUCUUUGUCACUUUGGUUUCCUAUAGAUAUGUACGUACUGUAUGUGCAUCUCGCCUUGUAAAUAACUUAGACCGGUUUUGUUUGUGUGCCUGGGGGGCCGGAGGUAGGUCCAGAGGGCCAGCUCGCAUCUCCUAGUUAACAGGCGGCUCGGGGGUCAGGGCCCAAGGCGGGAGCCAGACCUGAGCACCCGGUCGCCCGGGAGCAGGAAGGUGUCCCGGCCCACCUGGCUUGAGAGCCCAGCCUCUGUGGCCCGAGCCGAGAGCUUCUCCCCCUGCCAGGACUUGUCCUCUUCCGGGGAGUUCCUGACCCCACCCCUGUCCACCCUUCCCCACCCUCUCCCUAGAGAAAAACCAGUGUAUCAGGUACGGCCCUGAAAACUGGGCCCAGGAGGUGGGGCGGGGGUGCGAGUGCUGGAGUCCCCACGUUAACCCAGGACCAUCCCCAGGGGCCACCGGCAGUGUUGGCCCCUGUCCCCAUGGCAGCCCCCUCCCCACGGACUGAUAGAAUAUACACACUGUGCUAGGUGUAUAUAUACAUAUAUAUAAAUAUAUAUAUAAUAUAUAAAAUAUAGAGAUGGAAAUGACUGUUUUCCUGUUAAAAUAAUGUAUACUCUUGUAUUUUCUUUCUCUCAUGGUUAAGAUUUUUUUUUUUUUUAAGAAAAGUUAAAUAUUCUUCAACCGUCA